UCAUCGAAGACAGCCGAAGAACACAAUGAGCGACCCGAACAACCCGAACAUCGAGAAACGCACCACCCCGCAGUGGGCAUUAUACCAGCGCGAGAACUUCUGGAAGGCGAACGAGGGGCAGGCCCCUCCGUUCAACACAGGUAUGUGCUUGGCUGGACUCUAUACAGCAACAUUGGAAAGCAUGGACGCAGAAAGAACCCCCCUCCCCCGGUUAACACGAUCUCUAGAUCCCACCAAGCUCGAAGAAGAGGCGAAACGCAAACUCAGCCUGGGAGGAUGGUAAGCUACACUCCCUUCACCUCUAGCCUCCAGCCCCCAGCCCAUUCCACACUUUCCCCAUCCCUCCCCCUCCCGAGAUCUAACUGGAACACGAACAGGUACUACGCCUCCUCCAACGCGGGCCAGUCGACGACGCACCUCGCGAACCGCCAAGCCUUCUACCGCCACCGCCUGAUCCCCAACCAACUGAUCGACACCAACCUGCGCGACACCACAACAGAAAUCUUCGGGCACCGCGUCUCCGCGCCCAUCGGCUUCGCGCCCAUCGGCAUCAACGCGAUCUACCACCCCUCCGCGGAGUUGGCGGUGGCCAAAGUCGCCGGCGAGCUCAACCUGCCCUACUGCCUCUCGACGGCGGGGAGCACGCCCAUCGAAGCCGUGGGCCGCGCCAACGGCGCCGGAAACCCGCGCUUCUACCAGCUGUACAUGCCGCACGACGACGAGUUGACGGUGUCGCUGCUGCAGCGCGCGUGGGCCGCGGGCUUCGACGCCCUGCUCCUCACGACGGAUACGUGGCAGCUCGGGUGGCGGCACGACGACGUCGCGAACUCCAACUAUGCGUUCUACCGCGGCAUCGGUGCGGAUCUGGGGCUCUCGGACCCCGUGUUUCGCCGGCGGUGUCGCGAGGCGGGGAUCGAUGUUGACACCGAUAAGGUGGCGGCGGCGACGAAGUGGAUCGAUUCCGUGUGGCACGGGCGCGCGUGGUCGUGGGAGAAGAUCCCCUGGCUCAUGGCGCGGUGGCGCGAGAUUUCGGGGGGCAGGCCGUUUGUGAUCAAGGGGGUGCAGUCCGUGGCGGAUGCCCGGAAGUGUGUCGAGUAUGGGGUCGAUGGAAUUGUGGUGAGUAACCACGCGGGGCGGCAGGUGGACGGGGCGAUUGCCAGUCUGGAUGCGCUGGAGAAUAUCGUCCACGCCGUCGGGGAUCGGAUCUAUGUCAUGUUUGACUCUGGGGUGCGCGGCGCCAGUGAUGUCGCUAAGGCGCUGGCGCUGGGCGCUCGGUUCGUCUUCGUCGGCCGGCUUUGGGUCUGGGGCCUCAGCAUCAUGGGCGAGGAGGGCGUGCGCCACGUCAUGAAGUCGCUGCUGGCCGACUUUGAUAUCCUCAUGGCUGUUGCGGGGUUCAAUCGCGUCGAGGACUUUGAUCGCGACUGUCUAGAAUCAUACCCCAAGUCGUACACGUUGAUACCGGAUCGCGUUCUAUAGUCUGCAGUCAUGCGAUCAUGUAAGUGGGCCCUUCUGCCACGCUGUAUAGAUGGAGUAUACAUAAUUGUGGUAAGGGAAAUGUGAAACGAUA